CUCAUCAUUUCCACCAUCUCUUUAGUUACAUUACAAAAUAAAUAAUAAAAACAAGUAGAACUAAAAUUGUGGCCGCUACUUUUGGGUUUUUUUUCCUCUUCUCCUACAUUAGGGUCCGAUCCAAUCCCGUUCUUACAAACUGUUCCAACCGUCACCGUUGGAUACUCCUCUCCCUCGCAAUCUCCACCGUCCGUUCAGGCACCCUCCCACUAUGUCUUCCCCUCACCCUCUUUCUCCAACCCUCCCGGUUCGGCGGUUCGGUCCCGAUCCGAUUGGCUCGUCUUGCGUGCGAAAUUUCUCCUCUUGAACCCAACCCUCUCCUCACACCUUCAUCGUUCCUCGCGCUCCCAAAUUCGAAUCUUCUCCUUUGGCGGCGCCGCUUUCCACACGUGUCACUCAACUCCUCUGCGGUUUUUUUUUCUUACAAUUUUUUUUUUCCGAUCCGCGCCGCUGAGAAUUUGAGAUCUCCGGAGCGGUUAUGGAGGAUCGGGACGCGAGGCGGAUGACGACGAGGUUGUCGGAUGUGGUGCUGGACUGCGUGAUGCCGUACAUCCAUGACCCGAAGGACCGGGACGCGGUGUCGCAGGUGUGCCACCGGUGGUACGAGCUCGACUCGCUCACGCGGAAGCACGUGACUAUCGCGCUCUGCUACACCACCACGCCGGACCGGCUCCGGCGGCGGUUCCCGCACCUGGAGUCGCUGAAGCUCAAGGGGAAGCCCCGGGCAGCGAUGUUCAACCUCAUACCGGAGGACUGGGGAGGAUUCGUGACGCCGUGGGUGAGAGAGAUCUCUCGGUACUUCGAUUGCUUGAAGUCGCUCCACUUUCGCCGCAUGAUUGUGACGGAUUCCGAUCUUCAGCACCUGGCUAGUUCGCGCGGUCAUGUGCUUCAGGCUCUUAAGCUCGAUAAGUGCUCUGGAUUCUCCACCGAUGGACUUUACUAUAUCGGUCGCUUUUGCAGGAAUUUAAGAAUCUUAUUUUUAGAGGAAAGUUCACUAGUGGAGAAUGAUGGUGACUGGCUCCAUGAGCUUGCUUUGAAUAAUACAGUUCUUGAGACACUGAAUUUUUACUUGACGGAUAUUGCCAAUAUUAGAAUCCAAGACCUUGAACUUAUUGCUAGAAAUUGCCCCAACUUAGUCUCUGUGAAAAUUACUGAUUGUGAAAUAUUGGAUCUGGUGAACUUCUUUGGACAUGCGUCUGCUCUAGAAGAAUUUUGUGGUGGUUCCUACAAUGAGGAAUUGGAGUACAAUGCUAUACCAUUACCAGAAAAAUUAAGUCGUUUGGGUUUGACAUAUAUUACAAAGAAUAAAAUGCCCAUAGUGGUCCCUUAUGCAGCUUUGCUUAAAAAGUUGGAUCUUCUCUAUGCAAUGCUGGAUACAGAGGACCAUUGUAUGUUAAUCCAAAGGUGCCCCAACUUGGAAGUCCUUGAGUCAAGGAACGUAAUUGGAGACAGAGGAUUAGAAGUGCUUGCUCGCUGUUGUAGGAGGCUUAAAAGGCUUCGUAUUGAACGAGGUGAUGAUGAUCAAGGGAUGGAGGAUGAAGAAGGUGUUGUUUCGCAGAGAGGACUAAUUGCUUUGUCACAUGGCUGUCCAGAACUUGAAUACUUAGCCGUUUAUGUAUCCGACAUUACGAAUGCAUCUCUAGAACACAUUGGUGCUCACUUGAAAAAACUCUCUGAUUUUCGCCUUGUCUUGCUUGACCGUGAAGAGAAAAUAACUGAUUUGCCACUUGACAACGGAGUGAGGGCUUUGCUGAGGGGCUGUGACAAGCUCAGAAGAUUUGCUCUGUAUCUCAGACCUGGGGGCUUGACUGAUGUGGGGCUCGGUUACAUAGGGCAAUACAGCCCAAACGUGAGAUGGAUGCUUCUUGGUUAUGUGGGGGAGACUGAUGCAGGGCUUUUGGAAUUCUCUAAAGGCUGCCCCAGUCUUCAGAAACUUGAAAUGCGAGGAUGUUCCUUUUUCAGUGAGUAUGCACUAGCUGUUGCUGCAACUCGAUUGACUUCUCUCAGGUAUCUAUGGGUUCAGGGGUAUGGUGCAUCUCCUUCUGGGCGUGAUCUUUUGGCAAUGGCUCCCCCCCCUUUGGACAUUUCGNNNNAGGAAGAGCCUGUAGUUGUUGAGCAUCCAGCUCAUAUUCUUGCAUAUUACUCCCUUGCUGGCCCAAGAACAGAUUUUCCAGAUACUGUUAUACCUCUGGAUCCUGCAAACUAUGUUGACGCGUGAGGCUGUACAUACCAUUUUUUUUUCUUUUUCUUUCCAAGUUUUCCCCUUUCAAAUCUUGUUUGUAAGUGGUUGCAGUGUUUUAGUUUAGAGGGUUUUAAAUUAGCUGCAAUUUCUAGACAAUAGUCAUGUAAUAAGCUCGUGUUCUUUGCUUCCUAAUUCCUAUCAACUCUUGCAGCAGGUAGUUCUCUUUCGACUGAAGAUGCUCAAUUUUGUGAAUAUAAAGCAUGGAUUGUUUCAA